AGCACUUCAUCCCAUGCAAAUCCCACCCUGAAAGCAGAUUUCCCAGCAGUCCCUGGGAAACAAUCCAGAUGGAAUCUGAGGAGAUCACCAUUCAUUCUGCUGAUGGUUCUUGAACAUCUGUGCUGUGCCCAGAGGCAAAAUGUAGCAUGGGAGAUUUGGUGCUUCCAGUAUUCAAGCAGGGUUGAGUCUGAGCUUGGGUUUGACCAGCUGACCUGUACUUGACCAACAGCCCCGACCUCCAUCACCACCACCUCACCACUCUGGCUGGCUAAGAAGAUGUUCCCCUUUAAGAUAGGCAAAUGGAUGGGACUUACUUGCCUCCGGUCCCUGGUGGUCUCCUCUCCAAAUGUCCGUCAGAAGAAACUAAUCCACAAGCUGCAAGAAGAAAAGGCUUUUCGGGCAGAGAUGAAAAUGUUCCGUGAGAAAAUAGAAGACUUCCGAGAAGAGAUGUGGAAUUUCCGAGGCAAGAUCCGUACCUUCCGGGGCCAGAUGUUAGAUUUUUGGGAAGAAGAGAGGCCUUUCUGGGAAGAGGAGAAAACCUUCUGGAAAGAAGAAAAAACCUUCUGGGACAUGGAAAAAGCUUUUCGGGAAGAAGAGAAAAUCUUUUGGAAAAAAUACCGAACCUUCUGGAAGGAAGACAAGGCCUUCUGGAAAGAGGACAACACCUUAUGGGAGAAAGACCGGAAGCUUCUUCAGGAGGACAAGGCCCUGUGGGAAGAGGAAAAGGCCUUGUGGGUAGAGGAAAGAGCCCUCCUGGAGGAGGAGAAGGCCCUGUGGGAGGAUAAAAAGUCCCUCUGGGAAGAAGAGAACGCCCUCUGGGAGGAAGAGAAAGCAUUCUGGGUGGAAGGUGGCCCCCACAGCGUGGAGGUACAAAGACCAGAAGAUGGGCCCUACGACCUCAACACAGAACCACCAUCGCCAGCCUUUUACAGGGGCCGGGCAUAGUGAGCAUGAGAGAUGCAGGCCCUGGGCGUCCACAAUCCCCUGGGAUGAAGAUCCAAGGCCAG